ACGGGCAACAUUUUGACGGAUUUAAACGUUUCCAGCGAACCAGUGAUCACGAACCUUCACACAGCAAAGCCACGUCUCUACCUUCUUCUGAUAGGGGGGCGAGAAUCUGGUCAAGGAACCCCAUUGCUGUGGGGUCGCCAUAAAAGAUAAUAAUCCACAGUGGGGGCUGGCUGUCGCAUGGGGAGGGGAGGGGGGCCUGUGUAUUUGCUUCUUACUAGAUCUGAGGGUACACACAGGUUGCCUGUAUUCUUUAUUUUAACACUAAAAUAAAUUUAAAGCAAAGUUACUGGAAAAUAAAUAUCCAAGCGUAGCAUACGGAAACCAGUUGGAUAUAUUUUUACGCACAGAUAAUGCUGUUAAAUCCUCCCACCCCCAUAUGGUCUCAGCAUGCCCUCAGCAGACUGACCACUACUCCUCUCUCUCGCUCUCUCUCUCUCUCUCCUUCCCUGUCUCACGCUACCCUCCUCCUCCUCCUCCUCCUCCUUCAUCCCCUAGCUGUCAUCCCGAGCAGCGCUGAGACUACGGCUCAAUCCCUAAACGCCCGGAUGAGAGCAGCAGCAGCAGCGGCAGCAGCGGCGACGGCGGCAGCACUAGUAAGCGACAUUCAGGGCAACAUGGUCGCAUAGAGUCCGAGGAGGCGCACAGAACACUCCCCCCUCCCUCCACAGCCACUGACGGGACGACGCACGGGGCCUCUGCUGGAAUCCGUGACAUUUUCGACGCAGCCCACGAAGCCGAGCCGCUUCUGGGAAACGUACAGGCAGAGAUAUAGAGGCGCGGAGGCGGAGAGCGAGCGGCACGUUUCCCCCCUUGUGGUGUCCUAUUUCGUUGGUGAAGGACCGGGCAGACAGGCUGUCUCACACUAAGCUAUGGAAUGCUCCCUGCACCCACCAUCACUAGUCUCCAAUCUUUGGACUGAGCUCCAAACGCUUAGUUAGCGGCUGUGCUUCUCCCCUCGAACUCUUUAUAACCAGGGGACGAAGAAAAAAAGGAGCGGGCUUACCAAGUCCUCCUCAGCAAACGCACGGAGCACUUCUUUCUUUUUUUUUUUCUUUUUUAAAAAAAAAAAGAAUAUUUAAGCUAGUUUAAUUUUUUCUCCGCUUGGAUUUUUGUCUGGUCAAAUCCUAUCAAGAUGGAUCUGGAACCGUUCCUGUGGAUGGUCAUUAUUGGCUUCAUCAUUGCCUUCAUUCUGGCCUUCUCAGUGGGCGCCAACGAUGUGGCCAAUUCCUUCGGCACAGCCGUGGGCUCCGGCGUGGUCACGCUGAAACAGGCCUGCAUCCUGGCUUCCAUCUUCGAGACGCUGGGCUCGAUGCUGCUGGGGGCCAAAGUCGGCGAGACGAUUCGGAAGGGCAUCAUCGACGUCAGCCUGUACAACGAAACGGUGCCCGUACUCAUGGCAGGGGAGGUCAGCGCCAUGGUCGGGUCAGCAGUCUGGCAGCUAAUCGCCUCCUUCCUCAAACUGCCCGUCUCUGGGACUCACUGCAUUGUUGGCGCCACCAUCGGCUUCUCCAUGGUGGCCAUCGGCACCAAGGGAGUACAGUGGAUGCAGCUUGUCAAGAUCGUUGCGUCGUGGUUCAUCUCCCCCUUGCUCUCCGGACUCAUGUCUGGACUCCUCUUCAUGCUUAUCAGACACUUUAUCCUCAACAAGGAUGACAGCGUCCCUAAUGGGCUGCGAGCUCUGCCUCUCUUCUAUGCCUCCACGAUUGGGAUCAACACAUUCUCCAUCCUGUACACCGGAGCACCGUUGCUCGGGCUGGAGAUGCUGCCGGUGUGGGCCAUCUUUCUCAUCACGCUAGCGGAGUCGAUAAUCUGCGCGGGUCUUGUCUGGAUAUUCGUAUGUCCCUGGAUGAGGAGGAAAAUAGCAAGUCGUCUAAAGAAGGAGCAGGCUCUGUCCCGGAUCUCUGACGAGAGCCUGGACAAGAUACCUGAGGAGGAGGAGGAGAGCCCCGUCUUUAAGGAGCUACCAGGGGCCAAGGGCACAGAUGAGGCCGUGCUGCCGCUCACGGGGGGCAGCAGUGAACGGAGCACUCGCGAGUCCACCGGAGAGCUCACCAACCUGGCUAACGGAGGCACCGUCCUGCCGAACGGCAGGGUGUACGGCCGGACCCACUCGAUGACCAACGGCUGCCUCAAGUCACCCGUCUCCAACGGCAGCUUCAGUUUCGACGGCCACAUGCGCAGCGAUGGCCAGGUGUACCACACCGUGCACAAGGACUCUGGUCUCUACAAAGACCUGCUCCACAAAAUCCACCUGGGCCGCAUGGACGACAGCGACCGCUCAGGCUCCAACGCCGGCCCGGCUGACAACAAUUACCGCCUGCUGCGGCGCAACAACAGCUACACCUGUUACACGGCAGCCAUAUGCGGCAUGCCCGUCCAGCCGCUCCUGCGCACAGAGUCACGCGAGGACAGCGAGAAGCUGGUGGGAGAGGGAGGCGGCAGGAGCAACAGCGUGUCCUACACCAAGAAGAGGGUGCGCUACGACAGCUACUCAUCGUACUGCAACGCUGUGGCGGAGGCUGAGAUCGAGGCAGAGGAGGGCGGGGUGGAGAUGAAGCUGGCGACGGAGCUGGAGGGGGUUGAGGAAGAAGGGGCUCCUGCUCCGGUGCCCCUGGACGACCUGGCCGAGGAGGACCACGAGGAGAAGGAUAAGUCCGAGGUGUUCCUGCUGUUCCACUUCCUGCAGAUCCUCACCGCCUGCUUCGGCUCCUUCGCCCACGGAGGAAACGACGUCAGUAAUGCCAUCGGGCCCCUGGUGGCGCUGUGGAUGAUCUAUGACCAGGGCGGUGUCAUGCAGGACGCAGCUACUCCCGUCUGGCUGCUGUUCUACGGUGGCAUAGGCAUCUGCGCCGGCCUGUGGGUGUGGGGCCGCCGCGUCAUCCAGACCAUGGGCAAAGACCUGACUCCCAUCACCCCCUCAAGGUCGGCUCAGUCGUGGCCGUCGGUUGGAUCCGCUCCCAGAAAGCAGUGGACUGGCGCCUCUUCAGGAACAUCUUCCUGGCGUGGUUUGUCACGGUGCCCGUGGCCGGCCUGUUCAGCGCUGCCGUCAUGGCCCUGUUCGUCUACGGCAUCCUGCCCUUCGUCUGAGGGUGCUCGGCCGGGAGGGACGAAGAAGAAGAAAAAGAGAGUAAAAGAGAGAGAGAGGGAAACUUGGGUAAAAAUCACAGCUCGAGUGUCGGGUUUGCAGAGAAAAGAGAUUGAAGUGAAGAGAGGGAAAAGGGCAGAAGGGUGACGGGGAGUUGAGAGGUUUACAGACGGACUUGGUUUGUCCUGUGGAUGUGAGGAGGGUUGGUUCAUAUGCUGCCUGGCUCCGUAGUCCAGAGAUCUUUUCUUUUUGGCUCAUUUUGAGUUUCUGAUUUUUUUAAAAAAUUUUUUAUUUAUUCUCGUUUCGGGGUGUGCACAAGAAAGCGUGUAACCGCCGUGUUCACCGAAAAACCAUUUAAUCUGCUGUACAUAACGACAACAAGGUGGGAGAUUUAAGAAGAACGACGCUUGUUGGAGACGCGGCGGCGUUCACCCUCUGUCUCAAAAUCACGAGUUUUAAACAAAAAAAAACAAAACAAAGCCAGACAGCACACAACGAUAAAAAAAAUCAAACGGUUAAUCCUGCACACCUGAUCCGACGAACAUGCCCUGCAGUGUAUCAUUCUGCCUGGUCGCAUAGUUGGUCAAGUGCUUAUUAUUAUUAUUAUUAUUAUUAUUAUUAUUAUUAUUAUUGUUCCAAAAUGCCAGGAAAAAAAAACAACCUGUACAUAUUGUUAUACUGGAUUGAGUGUGAUUUGUUGUAUUGCGGCUUGCUUUAAAGUAUAAAAAAAAAAUAUAAAAAAAAAAGAAGCAAAGAUGUGCGUGUGGUCAACCAACCCCCAUCCAUCACGUCAUUUUGAAAACAUGCUCACCAGGUACAAGUAGGGCCAAACGGGAUGGGCGCCUCAGAGAAGAAGAGGGUGGUGGGACUGUCACUCUGCCUGAUUUGUUAAAUUGUUGAUUUUUUUUUUUUUUUUUUUUUUUUUUUUGUUAAGAGCUCCUGUAUGUUUUUAGAAGAUGGAUCUCAUAUUUUUUAAUGAUGUAUUAUACUGUAAUUUGUACUGUAAAUACUUGUCCUGAAAGAGUUUUGGGGGGGCGGGGGGGUAUCAUGGUUUUGUUUUAAACAUCGUAAAAAGGGGGUCGGAGGCGUGCGUCGCCUCUUCACGAUGUCAUAUUAAUAGAGUUUAUUUAAUCCCAGAGUACACGCGGACGCUCGGUGAACGCGCACACUCGACAAGGCUGCUGGUGUCUCCGUUCAAAGCAACGAAGCGAACGCGUAGAUGUUGUUCCCUCCUCUUUCUUCGGGUCGGGACAGAAGGUUUUUCGGUCGCCCUUUUUGAGGUUUCGGUUGCGGCAGAAAACCAAAACACAAAAAAAAAAAAAAAAAAAGAAAAUUCCGAGACAAAAACACGCUGAUGACAUCUCAAAACAGUGUUCACAUAUCUUCAUCUGUAUGCCUUUUUAGUUUUUUCUAAAGCUGAGUUACCGGAGUCAUUUUCCUCAUAUCGUAAAGGCUCCCUGCCAAUGAUCGACCUCUACACUGUCCCAGGUUCGGACCGGUUCAGAUCGGUUCGGAUCCCCGAGUUCUGUUUUUCUUUUUAUAUCCGUCUCAUUUACUCCUUCUUUGCGACAAACCUGAGGCGUUGCCCUCGGGACGCCUCCGAAAAAAAGUCGGAAAAAAAAAGCCUUGUCGUGUCAGACUAUUAUGUGUCAUAUCAAAACCGUAGUAUUAUCAACUCAGUCGGUUAUGCAGAGGUGGAGAGGAAAAAAAGGGGGGAUGAACCCCCUCCUGCCACACGUGUAGCUCCUCAGACAAACGGGCUGGUUGUUGUUUGUAGAAGCAUUUAGCGUAUUGAUCACCUGUGUUUCAAUCUAAGUGCUAAAAGGUUAGGUAGAUAUCAUGGAGUCGGGUUCAGGGCUGAGCAGCCUUCUGUCUUGGGAUCUUUAUGUUUGAGUGAGAUGGUAUCGGGGGCGGGGCUGGGUGGUUUUGGGGGGGUGGGUUAGUACUGAUCAUCACCAGCUUUUUAACAGGGUCACCUGACCUGUAGAUGAACAAAGUCUAAAGCUUUUUUUAUUUGAACAAACUCGAUGCCAGGUGUUGCAACUUUUCUCUUUUUUCUUUUUCGUUCUUGUGGUGUGUUUCCUAUUUUUUUGUUUUUGUUCUUGUUUUUUUUCUUUCUCAUGAACAAAUCUAUGCUUAAGUAGCCACUUGCCUUGUAACAUUGUGUUUUUAUUUCAUGCAGAUACGGUAAAAAUUAUUAAGUACUGUGGUGUUUACAUCGUAACCAUAUUGUAGAGUAUCUGGGGAAAAAAAAAAACUGUUGCCUAAUGAUGCCAAUGAAAAGACAAACUAUUAACCAUGAACUUUAAAAGUGCAAGUAAAAAAAAAAAAAAAAACCUGAAGUGUCUAGAGAGAGAGAACGAGAGAGAGAGCGAGCGCGAUGUGACUCAUUUUUAUUUUCUUUGUCGUAGUAGUCGUGCUAAUCAUGAUCCCCGUCACUUUACACUGCUACUACUUAACAUUACAUGUAUGGGUGCAAUUCAGUAAUGAAGAGAAUGACUUAGAGAAAUUUCAUCAAGACUAUAUAUUUUUCUACCAUAUCUGAGUUUUAACCUGGGCGAGCUUCCAGACACGUUCGGAGGACACACUGCUGGCGGGCGGGCGGGUGCGGGGGGGGUACUACACCUGGACAACAGGGACUAGUUGUUAUGAGAUCACAGUGACGCUGAGAAAACCGUCUUAUUACAGGGUGGCUCGCCUCACUGGUGCCACGUGUCACACGCUCCCUCCGAGGCCCCGGUGUGUUCCUCUAACAUGUAGAUUGACGUGUCGGUUGCCGAUAGAUCAGAUUUUUAAAUUACCAUUUUUAUUUUUGAAUUUUAGAUGAAAACACUUUGUAAUUUUGUUUCCCUACCGCUUCGAUCAUGAGCUGUGAGAGCAGGACAGCAUCUCGCCAAGACCUGGACGACUGCUCGCCGGAGGCAAAUUAUUUGAAAUCUAGUUGAGAAACUCGAAACAUUACACUUGGUGACUGAUAAACUGGACUGUGAGGACAUUUGUUUCCUUGUUUUGGCAGGUAACCACUCUUGAGGCUCACACCCUUUUUUACUCUAUCACAGGCCGUGUGUUACAUGGAGGGGGGGGGGCUGCGCUGAGCCGGGCCGGUGAGUUCAGAUACUCUUUGUACUCUUGUACAGGAGCCGGGAGGAAGUCGGUUCUUGAAAGAAAUCUUUGAUGCACAAGACGUCUGGCCUUGUUUCCCAAAACAUCGUUUCUCCGCAUUGUCCCAUUGUGAGCCGGUGUAACAGCUGCCGCCGUGGCCACAAGAGCAAACAGUACAUGUUCAAGCAGACUGUAACAGAUGUACAUGAGAAUACAGCAAUAACACCCUCUAAUGGGAAGGUUUAGAGUCAUUUCUUGUUUCAGAAAUGACCUAGUCUUACUUUAAGGUGCGAUAUGUAAGAGUUUUAGUUUAAAACACUCAAAAAUAAAUGAACUAAAAUGAUCAACAGGUGAAGAAAUGACCGUUCACGCUUCUACAGAUGUCUGCUGAAGCUAGCAUGCUAACUAGCUAGCCCAGUGAUUCAAAGCUCUCGCUCCAGCAAGUGCAAACACUCUCUAGGCAGGCAGGCUAGCUGCACAGCUAAAUGAGCUAAUAAGCUAACGUAGUUAGAGUAUGAAUUCUUACAUGUUGCAUCGUUCACCAACUUGACAGAAACUGUCGUCCAGACGUCGUCAGAUUUUUACACUACCAGAGCUUCCAGAUUAGCUUCAGUUCGCUAGCUUCCAAUUCUCAGUGUGUCUUCUUUUCUCUUUUAGAAAUGCUUAAAAAGAAACUAAUGUUUAGCUGAUGGUCACAUUUGAGGACCAUGUCAACGAAUCAUUUUGUUAGUAUGCGACAGAAGCUACCAUGAGUGUGCAGUCAUAACCUCGUGACAGCCGCUGCAAUUGAACACUAACAAAAUAUUAUCUAUUCAUCUUAAGAAAUAUGUUUUGUAUGUUUCUGUAGGAGCCGAUUUAAAUUAAAUACGCUUUGGUUGAACAUGUGUUGCUCUUGUGUGAAAACCAUGUAAUGACUCUGAAUCCUCUCCUCGGAACUGUGAGGUUUAUUUGUAAAUGGGCCGAGGUACACUCCAGAUAUCUGCGCCGGAUCACCGUGCUCUCCAGAACCCUCCCCUCUGUGUGACUCGCGCUGUGGUUUCUUUUUUGGUUUUUUUCCAUGCAUUCUCAGUCCUGAUAGGCCAAAAGGGAUGCACUGCUCAAGAUGGGGAGGGAAAGUGAAAACCGCCCUCUGAUAACAGCGUUAAACCACGUCUGACAACAACGGCUACAGCAAAGCUGAUCAAGCAGUUAAUCAGACAAGUAGGCCCUGAAAACCUGGUAUCAAAUCCUGUGUAUUUCUGUAUAACAUUUGUUAUAAUAUAAAAUAGAAGUUUGGAAAGAGAAAAUAAGACAUGAAUAGGUACGAUUUAAUAAAACUCAAAACUCAGCUAAUCUGCUUAAUCAGAUCUGUGUGGGUUUGUUUUGAUCAUUGUAAGAAGCUGACUGACGCAAAGGUUUUCGGGGCCUUUUAGAUGAUUUAAGCCUUGCUGAGUCUUUUCAUCUUACUGAUGCUGAUAAUUUUUUCAUUGAAACAUUUUUAGAUCAAAUUGUAGCCUGAAAGCCAAUAAUUCCACCACAGGUAAAAAAAAAAAAAAAAUGUAAAAAAUUGCGCUGAUCUUUUGUAAAGAAACUUUGUUAGCUUUUAACGCGUUACCAGAUGGCGGGGUCCGCCACUUCCCCUCCCCGCAGAGAGGGACAGCAUUGUAGACCAGUCUGUUUCAACUGAUCGGUGUGAACCGACGAACGGUGCGGUUGCCAUUGAGGGAGAUUCUGUACUUCUGCUGCAGUUCUAACUGUUUUCUAACGUUUUUAUCGAGGAAAAAAAACUAGAGAAAGACAGGACAUGCCAUUUUUUUUCUCCCUGAAUGUGCAAUACAAACGGUUUUCUUCUUGAAGGUGCUGUCACUCUGUGGUCGUGUAGCUCCACCUGCCCUGGUGUAAUAGCGCCCUCUCCUGUUUGUUAUGGAACUAGCACCACCUCUCAGAGGUGGAGGGGCAUCAGUUCAGACCUUCAUCUGGAUGUGGCGUGCUGUCUCUAGUUUUCUGGUCUGUUUUGUAAUAGAAUGUGCUCCUUGGCUGGCCUGCAGGCUUUACAGCUCUGUGUUGUCUUUUUACUGUUUACUGCUAUCUAACUGUCCAGUCCUUCAAACAGUUUAAAAAAAAAAAUAAAUGAAUAAAAAAAAAAAAUCUAAAGAAAACUGUAGCCUGCUUCUACAAAAAUCUUAAAAGCUCUUCUGAUUUGCAUAUAUUGUACUGUAAUGUUUUAUUUAAGAUUUUAGUGGAAAAAAUGUCUGCAUUUAAACUAAAUUAUGGGAAUUAAAAUUACAAAGAAUACCUAAA